CUUGACUCACAACAUACAAUUAUGAGCAUUCAUAAGAAAUAGCAAAAGACAUUUCAGUAGUCACGAUGUUAAAAUUUCCAAUAAUAAACACGAUACCAGUGUUAAAAACAAAGUGAUACAAACAAUGGAUGCAAUUGUGCGUGAAAAUUGAAGUGAUGAUUGAAGUAGAAGCAGUAUGACCACAUGGAUGGCGCUGUUUGGGCUAGUGUGGCUGCUGCGCGUGCGUGGUUCCCUAUGCGGGUGCGCGGCGUGCAAACGCGCACGGCACGAGAUCCAUGACGUGCAACCUGACACGCACGACGCGCAAACACGCCGCGCGCGCUCGCCAAGCCCCGAGGAACGCGCGCCGUUUGACGUCAUCGCGCUACAAAAUUACACGCGCGACGUGACGGUACAAACUGACUUCGACGAUGAUGAAGUUGAAGACCUGGAUAAAAUUGAGCUGCAGAUUUGCGAGGAAUCGAAUGCUGGCAACUGCGAGGGUGGAAGAGAACCGACGAGUCCAGGAAAUGGCCGCCGCCUCUCAGGAAGCUGCCAGUACCCAUCAGAUUCAGACAAUGAGUCAGUAUGGGAGACGGCGGACGUGACCCUGGAACGUGGGGCAGGAGGGUUGGGACUCAGCAUAGCUGGUGGAGAGGCAGGUGGUGACGUCAGCAUCACUAGAUUAGCAAAUGGUGGAGCUGCGAAGAAGGACGGGCGAUUGCAAAUAGGAGAUAUUUUGCUACAAGUGAAUGAUCUUUCAGUAGAAGGCGCGCCUCAUUCAGUAGCUGUAGACGCACUACAAAAAGCUGGAAAUAUUGUUAGAUUAAGAGUUCGUCGUGCGCGGCGGCCUAGGGUGGUGACACUGUGGAGAGGUGUUCGCGGGCUCGGCCUAGGCAUAGCAGGCGGAGCGGACGACGCAGCGGGCGGCGGCGGCGUUUUUGUGUCGCACAUAGCUGUCGGAGGAGCGGCGCACCACGACGGUAGACUAAGAUUAGGAGAUAAAAUUUUGGCUGUUAGAGAUGAAGAAGGUAUAGAAACUUCACUGAUAGGAGCUACACAUGCGCAAGCAGUAUCAGCGUUAAGGAAUACAGGAGAACAAGUUACAUUAGUAGUAUUACCUGCUGGUUCAAUUCUACCUGUCGCCAGAACCGCUCCGCUUUAUUCCACGCGAACGCAAGCCACUUCGUGCUCGACACUCCACGAGCUUUUAGAAGAUGAACCGAAUGAAAUACCGAGAUGCGUCCGCAUGGUCAGACUAGUGCGUUCCGGAUCUCGUCUCGGGAUGGAUAUAGUGGGAGGGCUGGGGGGCGAAGCUGAAGGCACCACGGACGACGACGCUUGCGGAGUCUUCGUCUCAGGAGUCUCAGAAGGGGGGGCGGCACACGGAAUGUUGUACCGGGGUGACAGGAUCCUGAGCGUUGAUGGACGUGAUCUGACAAGAGCAACGCAUGAGCAGGCGGCGGCGGCUCUGAAGCAGUACUCAGGCAGUGCGGUGACGAUAGCUGCGCAGUAUCAACCUGAGCAGUAUGAGAGACUGCGCGCCAGGAUCCGUGCCAUCAAUGCGGCGGCCAUGUCGCCUCAUCCAAGGCACGCGACCGUUGCUACGCACGUCCCUGUACAUCCUGACUUACACUCCAUGUAUCCAAGGUAGCAGUGAGCUGGCUGUGAAAAUGACCAUUCGAUAAGAACUGAAAAGUAGUUAGAGAAUCAAUUAUUAAGAAACGUAAGAUAUUAUUGAAAAUCACUGAGUUUAUUUGUAAGUUCGUGUUUAUUUCUGAAUUUUAGAACACUAAUUAUAAACAUUUGCAUUAUUUUUUUUUUUGAUUUGUUUGUUCAAUGAUAUUAAUUGGUGUUCGAUUAAAACACUAAAUAAUAUUAGUUCAUGCUUUUUUGAUGCCAAAAUUAUUUUUUGAGAAAUUAUAAAAUUUAAUCACUUUUCAGGAAUAGAAAUAGUAAAGUUACCUUAGACUCGUUUUAUAUUAUUUCACUUCAGGAUAAUCAGCAUGAAAUGAUCGUGUAAACUUUAUGGUAUGUAAAUAAUAAAUAGAAUUGUGCAAGCUUUUUUUUAUACAUUUUGUAUGUACUUCUCGGAUUGUAAACUAAUUGUAGCAUAGAGGCGACAGGCCUUUAUAUUAUUUGUAAAAUAAAGUUUUUUGAA